AUGGAGGAAGAUCAGAGCACCAAACGGGUCAAGAAGACUGCUUCUAAGAGAGGGACCAGAGGUGUGAAGGCAUGUGAGUACUGUAAGAGAUUAAAAGCUCGAUGCAUUCCGUCUCCAGUUGCUGGGAAAGUGAAAUGUUUAAGAUGCGACUCUCUAAAGAGACACUGUUCGUUUGAGGACUUGUUUGCUGGUAGUUCAUUGCCUUUAAAUGGACAGUCUGAUAUGUUUGGAGGAUCAGUUAAUGAGAAUGAGCAUGAUGCUGCGCAUUCGGAGCUUUUGAAAUCGCUCAUCAAGCUGGGGCCAGUAUCUCCAGGCGUGCUAAAUCUUAAUCUAAGGUAUACUAAGACCAUUCAUGAAAAUCUAUUGAAAGUGCUUUCCAUCUUGGAGAAUACUACUAGGAUAGAUAAUAAUACUCAGCAAGGUCAACGAAUUGUUAAUGCAGGAGCCAUUCAGCAAGAAACAAGUGUUGGAAAGGAUAUGAUAGCAUCACUUGAAAAUAGGGAAACGGGAGUCGAUGCUACUCUUAUAGAUGCGGUUGAUAUGAUUACAGGAUCAAUAUCGAAACCGGGAAAUAAUGGCGACGAGGUGGGGAGUGGUAAAAUAAACAAAAGCAUAGACACGUCACCUCGAAAUCAUUCUCUUGCGGACCAAAAUACAGCAUAUUUAUCUUCCUCGUACACACUUAUGUCCCAACUAGUACCAAAAGAUCAUCUACCAUUGUUGAUCAGAAAACUUCAUGACAAUUCAUUCACAGAAAUUGAGAGAACUUUGAACGAGGACAUAGUAACAAUGAAUAUUAUUACUCUAGAAGAGUCAUAUAUGUUGAUGCAAAGUUUCAGAAAUAGAUACUCAGACUGGUGCUCUUUCCCAAAAUCAGCUUCUACAGAGAAACUAGUCAGCAACAUAAGAUCGAAGAAUUGUACUUUACUCCUUACUGUUGCUUGUACUUUGGCAUUAAGAUAUACCGAUGAUUAUCAUGAUCUAAAGACAAGGUGUUACAAAAAUCUACUUCUAAAGCUUCGAUCAGAUCUAGAAAGUUCUUUGUGCUACGUACCUCAAACUAAAGAAUUCUUACAAGCGAUUGUAAUAUUAUCAUUGUACGCGUCAUCUUUUUCAAGUGACUUCCUAUGUGUUGACGCAUGGUAUCUUUCUGGUCUUGGAACUCAGCAUCUAUUAACGACAGGAGUUGCUGGCUCUUUGUUGAAUAGGAAAAAAGGUGGAAAUGAUGUUCUUGCUUCCGCUAUGAACUUGCUUGAUCCUGUGAUGCAGUCUAAUUUCGGUAAUAUGAACAAUAGUGUUUUUGAAGAAACGGAACAAUUUGAACAAUUGUCUACAUGUAGGUUAUGGAACCACUUAUGUUUAUGUCAUCUAAAUUGCUGCAUUGCCUCUGGAAGGAUGUGCACCAUUGAUGAUAGAAGGCUAGAUAUGUGUAAGGUAACAUUAGAUUUACCACACUCUACCAAUUUUGACGGAAGAAUGGUAGCAGAAAUUGAACUUUCAAGAAUUGUAUACAAGUUUAUUCAAAGCUUGGAAUUCAUAGACACCUCCUCGCGACAGCCAUUGGAUGAUGUAAUCAAAAAGCUACUGAAUUGGUUAGACAACUGGAAAUAUCUGUUUGCUCAACCUAUCACCCAAUUUGUAGAGUUCAAUUACCAUUAUGCAUUAUGCAUUGUUCACUAUUCAUGGUAUCAUAAGUUGUAUUCCUCAUCUUUAAACCAAGAUUCACCUUUACCAUCAUUUCUUCCAUCGUCUGGUGGCAGCAAAACGGAAGUGGCUCAUUAUUUGAAUCAAGCAUAUCCACUAAAAAAGGUUGUCAGAUCUAUACCGCAAGCUCAAUUGAACAUCAUUUUAGAUCAUGCGCAUAAAGGGUUAACUUCCAUAGUUAACUGUCCAUUUGACAAAUUCAAGUUUUUGUCGGAUCAUUUGGUAUUUUCUGGAGUUCAUUUAGCAUUGAUCUGUCUUCUGUUAUUGCAUGAAGAUUAUACUUUAAGCAAGAGUGUUGACAUAAUUCCAAUUCUUAGCGACGUUAAAAAACUAAGUCAGAGACUGCAGAAGAUUAGGGAAGGAGAACUUAAGUCCUUCUGGGUUGAAGAAGUUGAUCUUCGUAUACCCAGUGUCAUCCUUCAGUAUCAUAAAGCUAUCGAAGGCUAUCUCCUUGACAAAUUUUCAGCCUUUGAUAUUCAAAUAGAUCCCAAUUAUAUUUAG